AUGGAUAGCCCUCCAAACACAACUCCUACUGCAACAAUGACCUCCAGUGCUGACAGAAUGGUCGGGAUGGACCACGCUGAGGUGCGCUAUUUUACUAGCUAUGAUCAUCACGGUAUUCAUGAGGAAAUGCUUAAAGAUGAAGUUCGUACCCGGUCGUACCGUGAUGCGAUCUACCAAAACAGGCAUAUUUUUAAGGACAAGAUUGUUCUUGACGUCGGAUGUGGGACGGGGAUCCUUAGCAUGUUCGCCGUUCGUGCCGGGGCCAAACAUGUCAUUGGUGUCGAUAUGUCGUCGAUCAUUGAGAAAGCCCGCCAAAUUGUUGAAGCAAACGGGAUGAGUAACAAAAUAACUCUCCUUCAAGGCAAGAUGGAAGAGGUUGUUCUGCCUUUCCCCAAAGUCGAUAUUAUCAUCUCUGAAUGGAUGGGGUACUUUUUACUGUACGAGAGUAUGUUGGAUACCGUCCUAUAUGCCCGUGAUCGCUACCUGGUCCCGGAUGGGAAAAUUUUCCCCGAUAAGGCUACUAUAUACCUGGGCGGAAUUGAGGAUGGCGAAUAUAAAGAUGAAAAAAUCGGCUUUUGGGAUAAUGUAUACGGUUUUGAUUACUCGCCUAUGAAAGAGAUUGCUCUGGCUGAACCUCUAGUCGAUACUGUUGACCUGAAGGCUCUGGUUACUGACCCCUGCCCCGUCAUCACCUUCGACCUAUACACAGUGACCCCCGCGGACCUCGCAUUCAGAGCCCCUUUCAACCUUAUUGCCAAAAGAAACGACUUCAUUCAUGCUAUUAUUGCUUGGUUUGAUAUCGAUUUUACGGCAUGUCAUAAACAAAUUCGCUUUUCCACUGGGCCCCAUGCAAAGUACACUCAUUGGAAGCAAACGGUUUUCUAUAUCAAGGAAGUCAUUACCAUCGAAGAAAAUGAGUGUGUUUCUGGGCACCUUACCAAUCGACCGAACGAAAAGAACAAACGCGAUCUUGAUAUCCAGAUAGAGUACAAGUUCGAGACUCCGGAUGAAAAUCGCUAUACGCAAGGUUCUUGCGAAUAUAAGAUGUGUUAA